AUGCACGCCACGAUCUAUACCGGGCUGCUAUGCACCCUAGCUGCCCCUGCACUGGGUGUGGUCUGGGAGAGUCUACCUGCAGGCGUCCCCAGCACGUGGUCUCUUGUGGAAAAGCCUUCAUCUAGCUCAAAAAUAGCACUUUCUAUUGCUCUGAGCCGUGAGAACAUUGAUCAGUUGGAGUCUAAACUACUUCAGAUUUCUACUCCAGGUAACGCUGAGUAUGGACAGUGGCUAGAAAAAGAAGACGUCGAAGCCCAAUUCCCCGUUGUCAGCGAUGACACUGUCGUAAGCUGGUUGAAAAACGCUGGUAUCUCAGAUACAACUCGGGAUGGCUCUCUGCUUCACUUCAGUGGAACUGUCGAGAAGGUCGAAAGCCUUCUCAAUACCACCUUCGCCUACUAUCAGAAGGGAUCAUCGGUGAAGCUACGGACAACCGAGUAUUCCAUUCCUAGCGAUCUGACCGACUCUAUUGAUCUCAUCUCGCCUACGGUCUUCUUUGGUAAGGUUACCACAUCUGCUCGUGUGUCCAAAAAGGUGAAGAAGCUAGAUGCUCGCAAGCUCACUAUUUCUUCGUCUUGCGAUACUGAAAUCACCCCUGCUUGCUUGAAGGAGAUCUACAAUAUCGGUGAAUAUGAGGCGGACGUAUCUUCAGGUAGCCGUGUAGGCUUUGGCAGCUUCUUGGAUGAGUCAGCUCAAUACUCUGAUCUGGCGAAAUAUGAGGCGCUCUUUGACAUCCCAUCGCACAACUUCACUGUCGAGUUGAUCAACGGCGGUGUGAACGAGCAGUCUUCCUCCUAUGAUAACACAGGCGAGGCCAAUCUGGACGUCCAGCUGAUUACCGCAGUCUCACACCCAUUGCCCACCCAUGAAUUCAUUACUGGUGGUGUUGCUCCUUUCAUCCCCGAUGCUGACGAGCCUACCGAGUCAGACGAUUCGAAUGAGCCAUAUCUGAUUUACUACAACUAUCUCCUCAACAAGAACAACUCUGAGCUGCCACAGGUGAUCUCGAACUCUUAUGGUGAUGAUGAGCAGACCGUUCCGGAGAAGUAUGCCAAGAGUGUUUGUAACCUGAUCGGCCUGAACACCAUUCGCGGUCUCAGUAUCCUCCACUCUUCUGGUGAUGAGGGUGUUGGUUCGGCCUGCCAGGCUGUUGAUGGAAUUACUCCUCAAUUCAACCCCACCUUUCCAGCCACCUGCCCCUAUAUCACGGCUGUUGGCGGCACUUCCGGCGUGAGCCCCGAGUACGCAUGGGAUGCUUCCUCCGGUGGUUUCUCAAACUUCUUCUCUCGCCCCUCGUACCAGGACUCAGCAGUUGAGAACUACCUCACCAACGUCAGCGCCGAGACCCAGGAGUACUACGGCCAAUACACCAACUUUUCAGGCCGUGGAUUCCCAGAUGUUUCUGCCCACAGUUUGACCCCAGACUAUAUCGUGUACAUUUAUGGCGAGGAAUACUUGUCCGGAGGAACCUCCGCUGCCUCGCCCGCCUUUGCCGGUAUCAUCGGGCUGCUGAAUGAUGCCCGUCUGCGUGCUGGAAAGCCCGUUCUGGGAUUCUUGAAUCCUUUCUUCUAUUCUGAGGGAUAUAAAGCCAUGAACGAUAUCACUAGUGGCGCCUCGUACGGAUGCACUGGCAUUGACCCUCAGAGUGAUGAGGAGGUCGAUGGUGCCCUGAUCAUUCCUGGUGCGCACUGGAAUGCUACUGAGGGCUGGGAUCCUGUCACUGGGCUUGGUACACCUGACUUCGAGGCUUUGAAGAAAUUGGUCUUGUCUCUGUAG